AUGCUGGCCCAUGGAAAUGGGAACAUCUCAUGGCCCUCUUUGCAGGAAUUUGUGCUAGUGGGAUUUGAGGGUGGGCUGGAGACCCAGGCCCUACUCUUUGCUGUGUUCCUGGCCCUCUACGUGGUGACCGUGCUGGGGAACCUCACGAUGAUCGUGGUCAUCACGCUUGAUGCCUGCCUCCACUCUCCCAUGUACUUCUUCCUCAAGAACCUCUCCUUCCUGGACCUCUGCUACUCCUCUGUCAUCGCCCCCAAGGCCCUGCUCAACUUCUUCUCCUCGACCAGGAUCAUCACCUUCACCGGCUGUGCCACCCAGCUCUUCUUCUUUUCCUUGCUGGUCACCACCGAGGGCUUCCUCCUGGCUGUUAUGGCCUACGACCGUUUCAUGGCCAUCUGCAAGCCCUUGAGUUACCCAGUCACCAUGUGCCCCUCGGCCUGCACCCGCCUGGUGCUGGGCACCUACUGUGGAGGUUGCCUCAACUCCAUUGUGCAGACCACCCUCACCUUCCGCCUCCCAUUCUGCAGCUCCCACCGCGUCGACCACUUCUUCUGUGAUGUGCCCCCCCUGCUCCGGAUUGCCUGUGCCAACACAGCCCUCAACAAGCUGGUCAUGUUCGGCAUCUGUGGACUGAUCAUUGUGGCCACCACCCUCGUGGUCCUCAUCUCCUACGGCUACAUCGUAGUGACCAUCCUGAGGAUGCACUCGGGGACCGGGAGACACAAGAUCUUCUCCACCUGUGGCUCCCACAUGACUGCGGUGUCCCUGUUCUAUGGGACAGUCUUUGUCAUGUACGCUCAACCAGGGGCCGUGGAGUCCAUGGAGCAGGGCAAGGUGGUCUCCGUCUUCUACACCCUGGUCAUCCCCAUGCUCAACCCCCUCAUCUACAGUCUGCGGAACAAGGACGUCAAGGAGGCCCUGAGGAGGCUGGGCCAGAAGCACGCAGGCCUGUGA